AUGGGUAACCCCGACAUCAAAGUCGAUCCAAUGGACUUGAUGUCCUCGGACCCGACUGACCUAGACCUCGACCUUUCGGUCGAAUCCACUCCUUCUCCCAACGCCAGUCAACCCACGCAAACCACGCCGGCCUCGAGUAGUUCCACGACUCAAGGGUCCGCGUCGGCGCCUCGCCGUCCUCCUCGCAAGAGCACUCUGACCCAGCAACAGAAAAACCAAAAGAGACAGAGGGCGACACAAGAGCAAUUGGUGACCUUGGAGAUGGAAUUCAACAAGAAUCCCACUCCCACGGCUGCCACUCGUGAACGUAUCGCUCAAGAGAUCAACAUGACCGAACGAUCCGUCCAGAUUUGGUUCCAGAACAGUCGCCGACGCGCAAAGAUCAAGAUGCUGGCGAAAAAAAGCUUAGAAAAUGGCGACGAUUUGGAUAACAUCCCAGAGUCCUUGAGGCAGCUGCUGGCCAUGCAGGCCAUGGAAUCUGGAAGACCAUUUCCUCGCCAGCUUCUGCGGCCUGGUGGGCCAAUGGCACAGUAUGGUGGUGGCGGCAUGCUGAUGAAUGGUGAUCCGACCGGCCAAGGCAAAGUUGUCAUUCAACAUUUUACCUGUCGGUCUUUGAGCAUCGGUACUUGGCGUCGAGUGGGCCAGAACGCCAUGGAUCUGGUUAUUUUCUACUCCCCCGACAAGGCAUGCAUCACCUACUACAUCAACAACGACUCGGCCGGUUACAAGAUCGAAUUUCCCUUUGCCUUUAUCAAGUCCAUCCAGUUAGAACCCGGGGAUACGGCGCCAACCGCAAAUGGGGCUCCGCCGAGACCAAGUGGGCUUGUCAUUGAGUUGAACAGGCCGCCAAACUUCUUCAUGGAUUCAUCCAACUCUGGGGGGUUUUACCAGUGUGGUGACUUCACCGAAGACCAACAAGCCUCUCAGAUCUUGGUUCACCAUCUAGGAGGGCAUCCCAAGGUGCUGAGCGGUCAGCUUGCCAAAUUGGUCUCGCUCGAAUCGUUCCAGAACCGGCUGAACCCGUUCGACAUUAAUGCCAUGCCUGCAUCGGCGCCAGUCUCCCCGAAUAUGGGAAUUGUGCGGCCUGCGUCUCAACCUAAUGUCCAAUUCGCACGGCCUCAACCUCCUCAUGUCGGAAUGUUUCAAGAACAGUUCGGCGUACAGCAUCACCUUCAUCCUGGACGGAUGCAUCCGGGUCACAAGCGACAGAGGAGUCGGUCUGUCCCCAUUGCCAUUGACUUUUCAAUGCUCCACGGACCGAUGCCAACGUUCCAUAUACAACAGCCUUCGCCUCAACUGGCCCCUGACCAGCACAACCUCUUCCAACCCAUGCCACAGCAUCCUGUCCAGGCCCCACUGGGGCCAAGCUUGCAGAUCGAUACUUCUGCUGGGUACGGCAUGGACUUCCGUCAAAUGCCCAUGUCUGCCACAGCCACCUCACCCUCGGAAUUCGCCAGCCCAGGCUUCUUCCCAUCAAACCCAGCUCAACCACCUAUGCCGGCAUCUGAGUUUGGCACCCCACAGCAAUUCAGCGGGCCAUUCUUGUCGCCUUCUCCCAUGGUUGACCAUACCAUGAUGCCCAGUUCGGUGUCUCCCAUGCCGCACAUGGGUCAUCCGGAUCCCGUCAUCGCCGACCACUCGCCACCUUUGUCGGCGUUGCACAGAAGCGCUUCGGCAGACAUGUUCAACCACCAUGGGAUUAUGGAUGACACGUUGAUGUUGGGUGAGAUGUAUUCGAAACAAAAUCUCAAUAUGCCCAUGCCGAGUCCUGGGCUGGAUGAGAAUGGCAUGCUGUUGAUGAACGACAUGUCGGAGUUCCACAACCCUCGAGAGCACAUGGACAUGCCGAUGACACCCUUCGGCACCGUGGACCCUCACGCGCUACAAGCUGGUCUCCAUCACUAA